GUGACAAGGUAUGUCCUGCAUGUCCCCCCGGGUAUCCUGGUCCCAUUGGAGCGAGGGGACCACGUGGCAGGAGAGGACCAAAGGGAAGGAAAGGUCCUCAAGGUCCCAUGGGACCUCCUGGAAAAUCCGGAAAAACAGGACUAACUGGUCCUGCAGGACCGAGAGGAGAAAAGGGAGAUAAAGGUCCUCAAGGUCCCAUGGGACCACCUGGAAAAUCCGGAAAAACAGGAAUAACUGGUCCUGCAGGACCGAGAGGAGAAAAGGGAAGCAAUGGGGAGGCAGGGGAGCCUGGGCCAAAAGGCAUGCCGGGACCACCUGGAAGGCCUGGAAAAUCGAUAUCUGCUCCACAAGUGAUGUUGUCGCCGGCAGAGCAGACACGAGAUGAGGGAGGAAAUACAGCAUUUUAUUGCACGGUCGCCGGAAAUCCUUCCCCAAUCGUGGAAUGGCAAUUUAAGGGCAGAAAGCUUCUGUCAGGUGCAAAGUAUUUGAUUAAAGAAGGAGAGCUGAUUGGAGAAAUCUAAAUUAUAGCGAUGCUGGGACGUACACGUGUGCUGCCAGGAACAUUCUUGGAUUGUCCGAGGCCACUGGUAACUUGACUGUUCGAGGUAAGAACAUAAUUGAAACUUCUGAGAUUUACACACCCAGCUGCUGAUUGAUCGUUGUGUACGCUCACAAACGGCCGGGAUUGCAUCCUUCUCUUGUUUAACGGGUUUCCACUAGUUAAUUGAUUUCGUUUUGCGUUAUUCAUCCUUUUGUGUAUUUCUGGUUUCACCGUUAAACUAGACCGGAAGCAUGCUUCUGACUUAAUAUAGGGUAAAACGUCUAAAACUUUACAUCGUGUAGAAGCUCCGUUUUCUAAUAGUUCUCAGUAGUUUCUAUUCUUUGUUAUACGGUUUGUACUUGUUUUCAUUGUAAGGUUUUAUGUUUUUUCCCUAGGACUUCCAAUACUCACAAAAGUUCCACCACCACUUGCCACGCCAGUACAGCGCACUACCUUUCAGGUAGUUUGCCAAGCUGAAGGUUUCCCUCGUCCCGUGAUAAAAUGGAGUAGAGUGGGAAUGUCUUUGCCAGCUGGAAGGACUGAAGUAAACCAAGGAACACUAACUAUUAAGAACUUAAUUCCUGCUGACAGCAGUUUGUACGACUGUAUUGCUACUAACAUUAUGGGAACAAAGAAGGCCAGGAUCAAUGUGGCCGUACAACGAAAGCCAGGUUUGCUCUAUUUAUUUGGCGUAGGGUGGUGGCAAACACCACUGUCAGCAAAUGGUCAUUUUCGUUUGCCCAAACUUUCUAGUUCUAGUUACAUCUGUGAGGUGGAGAUAAUUUAUCCUGUUUUUAUCAACAGUUUAAAUAAUAACAUCAGUUUUGUCCUCAUCACUUGAGUUUCUUGCAGCUAUUGAAAGGACUGAUAUCAUGCAGUCAAACCUGUAAGGGAACCUGACUAUAACUAAUAAGCGGUCACUUAUACCAAAGUCUCAGAGAUCAUUUUCCUCAAUUACUUUAAAUCUAAACUGAAUAAGCCGUCCCUUAGUCCAGAGCCGUAGCUAGCGGGGGGGAGGGGGCAAGGGGGGUAGCUGCCCCCCGGACCUGUUGAGCCUGAGACAUCAAGUCUUUCUAUGGAUUUUUUUUCUUUAGACUCAGUUAUUUUGGUUAUAGUCAGGUGUCUUGCAAUUGUUUGCCGUUUUCAUAUUCGAGGUUGAUUUUUCGGAGCCAUAUCUCAUGACAAGUGCUGAAAAUAGCGUUCGGGAGCCUCCAAAUUUGAAAAUUUCCUGGGGGAGGUUACCCGCAGACCCCCCUACAAGGCUCAUAGCUUGUGCACUCGCGAAAAUGCCCCCGUUACAAAAAACCUAGCUACGGCCCUACUUAGUCUAUUAAGCGGUCGUCAGGUCACUUUUUCAAAGGCUCCAACGAGUUUGGCAGCGAAUGGCUUCACCUCUGUUGAACGGUCACUGUCGUUGCACCGGUGCAUCGGAUAUCUAUUUUAAUAUCUAAUUUAUUGUUCAAUAGUAUAUUUAAUAAACACUCUAGUUUUACCUUCUUAGACUUUAGACUUUAGUUCUGUAAAUUUUAUGUAAUUAGUUAAUUGUGUCUGAAAAGCCCUGUAAAGGGAGACUCAAUAAAACGUAUGUAUGUAUGCAUAUGUAUGUAUGUAUGAUGGAUAUUCUGCUUAGUCACCAUCUUCCUCUUUUUGAUUUUCCUGAUCGAGUUGUCAAACCUGUAUUAUAUUAAGCGAUCUUGGCCCCGAGGGUGACCGUUAAUGGUCUUUUCUACAUAUCCGUUAGGGCUAACUUUGCCAAAAAUAAUGCACUUGUGCAUACUAAUACUGAUUUUGUAUGUCAAUAACUCAACAAUGACAAAAUUCGAUGCUAUAAGUUCCAAAGAAAGUCCGAUUCUGGCCAGUCUCCAAGAUAUGGAAUUCUCAUUACACCAUUUAGUGUCGAUUGUUCUUUUUCAGAUCUAGAAGACUCCGUUAUCGUGGGAAAGAGCAAAAAUCAUUUGAGAAGUUUAAGGAGUUGGCUAUCCCCUGUAGCACGAAGAGUGAAAUCUGCCUGGAAGCGCUGUUGGCGUGCAUCCGUGGACGGCUGGGCUGCAAGUACAUUUCACUCCCGAUGUGACAGCAAGGGCCCGACUGUGACAUUAAUAAGGGUCGGGAGAUAUAUUUUCGGAGGAUACACAAGUUUUUCAUGGGGUAAGUGAGCAUUGUAAGCCAUGGCGGUGGCAUUAACACCUUUGGCGCAUAUUGGAAUUGAUAUGUUCAGCUAAAAGUGCAGCUUGGUACUUAGCAAUAUGGAAUCAUGUGACUGUACCUUUCAUACAUGGUUAAGCAGUGGCGGACAAAGGUUCUAGGUUAAUAGCUCUAGAUGCAGGCCCAUAUCCCUCGUUCCUCAAGGGGCGAGGUCCGCCCCUCCUACACUCACAUGGUGUAAAUGAGCGCCACCCCCCAACCCCCCAUCCUUUCUCUAGAGGUCUGGAUCUGCAGAUGAUAAGUGAUGCAUUUCUAGCUUGUCAAAACGUGCCCAAAUUCCAGGCUAAUACUAUUAUACUAAUAAUUUUGAGUUUAUAAAAUAUCGAUAUUGUUCUGACUUUCUUGCCACCCUGAUCUUCCAUCCUUCAAUUCCCAUAUUGCAAAAGUAGCGACUAACGUACCUCAUCACAAGUUUUGGUGAAAUUUGCAAAUUUCGGCUAAGAAAAAACACUCGAUCGAAUUUGUUUUAUGAGAAUAAGGUAUUUAUUGUCUUUAAUUAAUAAUAAUCAUCAUCAUCGUCGUCGUCAUCAUUAUGACAGGCACAAGGACAAUGUCGCUAUAAACUUAUCUUAGAAAAGUUUUGUUUCAUUUCUUUUAGCUUCUGGUUCUGGCCGGUAUCAAUAUGACUCAAAAGCCUUCUUAUUUUCGCUGGUAAACAAACCAGGAUGGGCGCCUGUCAAAUUGUCCCAGUCAGGGCAAUAUAGUUCUAACAAAGAUUCCAUAUGCUUUAGCUCAUCCUAUGGGCCUACAUUCGGAGGAGGACAUGACAUUAACAUCCAAAACUACGCGUCAUCCAAUAGCAAUUCUUACAGCGGCCUUGGCCAUACUUACAGCCCACCGAGCGGAUACAGCUACGGCAGCACCUUCGCCUACUCAUUCCUGGCAGGAACACACCGCUUCACACCAGACGAAGUUGAAACCUUUUACGAAACAACCUCAUUAAUAUAAUGCGUGACGCCGGCUUUGAUAUUUGAGCUAAGCUGAUUGUACAAGUAGACACUUAAAGGUGAACGACUCUACAGCACUCAGCAAGCCCCUUAUAUCUAAAUCAAAACACAAUCAUUACAACGUAUACUACAAUAUUUUACAAACAAACAAAAAAUGGAAUUGUCGAAAAGAGAAAUGAUUUUGAUAUCUAUAACUGGUCCAACUGCUCUGAUUAUAAAUGGCUGAUAAAAGCGUGUUAUAGAGUAUCUCCCAAGCUGUUCACAGUACCGCGUAGGCCUUAACCCAACCCUAAUCUUUUUUCACCUGGGUACGAGUCUAGCUGGGGACAGCUAUACUAUCAUCUGUCAGAAAACAGUUACAUCCUUAUCAUGAGGGCAAAGAAAUCUCAGCUUCCGAGUAAACAAAGUUAAAAAAAAAAAAAAGCAGUACAGAGAUAUUUUACUGAAGCAGGCUGUCCUCACUG